UAAUGACAGUAGUUAGCACCGUAUAAAAGCGGCGGCGCGCGCGCAGCCUCCGCGACAUUGUUUACUCGCGACGUAUCGCUAAGGUGUUAGGUAAAAAUACAUCAUGAAGUUCCUGAUCGUUGUUUGUGUUUUCGUGUGUGGUGCCAGUGCUAAUGUUGCACCCUUCCUGACAGCCUGCAAGCCGUCAGACACAGCCUGCCUGCUAGCCUCAGCCAAGAAGGCGAUCCCCUUCCUCACGGCCGGGGUCCCAGAGCUGGGUCUACAGCCCUUGGACCCCAUGAUCAUCGACAAAGCGGGGUCCCGAGAGGCCGGUCUCCAACUUGACAUAAAAGACACCACUGUUAAAGGGCUGAAGAACUGCGAAAUUCUGAACAUCAAACGCAAUGGAAGAAGAAUUAACCUGGAUGUAAACUGUCCCAACAUCCAGCUGACUGGAGACUACAACCUCGGGGGCAAGCUGCUGAUUUUGCCCAUUGAGGGCAAGGGCAAAUACAAGAUCAAGCUCCGUGACCUCCUGGUGAAGAUCCAGAUUGAGACUGCUGACGUGGAGAAGAACGGAGACAAAUUCUGGAAGAUCGCCAACUGGAAGUUCACAUCUGACCUCCAGACCAACGCGCAUUACGCCUUCCAGAACCUGUUCAACGGGAACCAGCAGGCUUCCGACACCAUCACCCAAUUCGCGAACACCAACUGGAAGGAGAUCUACAACGAAGUCGGCAAUCCCAUUACCAGCGCCAUUGUCAGCAGAAUCGUCAAAGCCGUAGAGAAGAUGUUCGAGAAAGUGCCCGUCAAGGAAAUCAGUAUAGAAUAGUUUAGUUGCCAAUUUUGAUGUUAGAUGGCGCUGUAACCGACUACAUUGCGCUGUUAAGAUUUUUCUGCAAU